UAGCAACGCUCAGUUGCCACUAGAUGACACUGACCGCGAAUCGCUCUUUGUUGAGCAUGUAUUUUCGUUCCAGUGUGCUGAUCGCUGACUAAUGCUAGUUUUCCAGGGAAAAAAUUGAUGUCAGCCGCAUUUGCCGGGUCCAAUGAUGAAAAAUAAUCGCUGGGGCAUAGGUCUGAUAAUGUUCGGGGAGCGCCAAGCAAAGGCCGAGUCCGCCCCGCCGGAGGCCCAAAACAAGCAGGACCCCGAUAAAGUUGCCGCUAAAAUGACCGAGACUACGCCCCUGGGGUACGAGAACUACGAAAACCCCUUCUACAAGGACCAGCCCAGCUCCAUCCUCUCCUCUUUGGGCAGUGUGCUGGUCGUGAUUGGUACGGCCCUGGUUGUCUUUGCAGCUGCCAGAAAUACCAUCACGUGGCAUGCCCAGAAGUUCUGGGGUGCGUCCGGCGACUUCUGGCAGGCCCAGUGGGACAAGUUCCUUAAUGUGGCCGGCGAGGACCCGCUUUUCCUAUGGGUGUUCGGCUCGACGGCGAUCACCUUCGGCGUCUACUGGCUCUUCGGGGGCGUCUACACGUUCCUCGAUGUCACCAACAUGCCCAAAGCGAUUCGCCGAUAUAAAAUCCAGCCAGGAACCAACGAGCCGGUCGAUAGGCGGCGACUGCUCAAGGUGAUUUGGUGCGUGCUGCUCAAUCAGAUCGCGGUCGGCAUCCCGUCCUCGUAUAUUAUGUACUACUCGAUGAAAUGGAGGGGUUUUCCUGGUAUCCGAGAGCUGCCCACCUUCCACUGGGUGCUCUACGAGUUGGCCAUUCACAUCAUGGUGGAAGAGGCCGCUUUCUACUACUCCCACAGGUUUCUCCACAGCAAACAUAUCUACAAGUACAUCCACAAGCAGCACCAUGAAUGGACGGCGCCCAUAGCAGUGACCGCCAUCUAUUGCCACCCCAUCGAGCACAUUUUCUCCAACUUGGUGCCCCCGUUCUUGGGGGUGUUUGUGAUGGGCUCGCAUGUGGCCACUGCGUGGCUCUGGUUCACUCUGGCUAUUCUCAGCACCCUCAACGCCCACUCUGGCUACCAUUUGCCCUUUUUUCCCAGCCCUGAGGCGCACGACUUCCAUCAUUUGAAGUUCAAUAACUGCUUCGGAGUGCUGGGGGUUCUGGAUCGGAUCCAUGGCACUGAUGCAGCCUUCCGACAGACUCGCGCCUAUCUGAGACACAUCAUGAUGCUGAGCUUCAUUCCACCAAGAGUGGCCAUUCCAGACACCCAACUGACCAAGAUGAAGUACUGGCAGAUGCAGCACGACUUGAAGCAACAGUAAACUCCCAUCAGUAGUGCAGGUUUUUUCACAUUUUCCAAACAAAACGCUCUCUCUCAGCCGAAGUUGACCUGCUCUCAUUGGAUGGCUGCAAAUCAUCCAGUUAAAGCAGGACGGGGGGUUGUGACGGGGAGUGAAAGUGCAACUAGUGUGAUAGAAAAGACUGGACUGAAGGCGGGCAUUCACCGGACAAUGUAUAUUUGUAAAAAUCCUAUUGGAUUUGUUUCACUUGCUUUGCAAGAACGUUUUGUUGCAACACUUCCUUUAGGGCACUUGUGCACUGCUUUAUUUAGCCGGCAACACCAAUCUAAUCGCACCCACUAGAACGGUUUGGUUUUGUUGAUUUGACACAGGAACGUGCCUUUGAAAUGGAGCAAGUAAUCCAGAAAAGCUGGCUGGUCUGGAUGAAUGGGCUGUGGAUUAAAGCGAAGCUGGACAAAACUCUUUUUCACCGCUGUGGUGUUUGUUUUCGGCGUUCGAGAAAUGUGAGAGUAGGGUUUUGUUUGCGCAAUCACUCAUCAACUUUAUAGGGUAUAAAGCUAUUAAAUCUCCUGAACGAGACCAGGAUCUAAUGUAAAAAUGUGAUGUUUUGCUCUAGGACUAUUAGGCCUAUAUACCGGGUGUAAGUAAAAUGUGGGGUGUUUUUGGUAAGUUGAUGCAUUCCUUGGCAUAUUCGGUACACCUGAAUGCGACAAAUUAUCACACAACACCCUGUACAUGUUUAAUUAGAAUAAUUACUCGAAAAAUGCUGGCAUACAUGCUUAAUGAAGCUUGAGGGCUAUUGCAUACAGGGUGAUUUGCUCAAAUAUUUUCUGAGUUUCCUCGUUUGAGACUGUGGCCAUAUGUUUAAAUCAAUUUAAAAUUAUCUGUCUGUGAUAUUUUUUGAAGGUGCAAUUUUCCAUUUAGUAGUAAAAUACUGAUUGAUAAAGUUACUUUUCGGUCCAAAUUACCGGUUGGUUCAGUUUCAAUCGUGAAAAAAACAAAGAAACUCGUGAAGGUAGCAAAGUAUAUACAAUACACAGGGUGGAGACUGUGACUGGACUAAAUUUGCUAGCGGGCAGAUGCAUAAUUUCCUAUUUCCAAAUUUGUUGCGAAAAGGGAAACUUCCAGGGCAUUUAAACUGAAUUGUGCUCUUUUCCAUGGAGUGUCUAGCGCUUUUCUAUCUUUCCUAGUUUUUGCGUAAUUAAUUUUUGAAAGACACCAUUGCACUCAAAAGACGCAGUGGGGAGCGUGACAAAAGUUGCUUCACAGACAUGCCAAUAUUCUACAGAUUUUUUGCCAAAAGUCAUGCGAAUGCAAGUUUUACUAUUUUCAAUGGAUUGCCAAGCGCUUCUCUAUCUGUCCCAGCUCCAAAUUGUUCAACCUUCCGCUUGCGAAUUUAUUCCAGUAAAGUCUCCCCCAUGUAUACUUAUCUUGAGAGCGUGAAUCCUUGUUAUUUCAAGCCUUAUCAUGUUUUUAACGAUUAAUUCCAAAAAAUAUUAUUUCUUGAAUAGCAUGUUUAGGACAAAGAAGAAAAUAUUUGUUCAGUUUUAUUGCAAUGAUUGCAAAACUGCCAUUGACCGUGAUAGGAACACACAAUUAAAACGUGUUUUAAUUGGUUUUUAUCUAAAAAUUAUUCGGCGGGCAAAACAUCAGAAUCUAUUUCUGCUUGAUAUCAAAGGAACAUUCUGCCACCGAUUUUUGCCGCGUUUCAUGCAAGAUUUGUCUUAAACUGGCAGGAACUUUUCGGUCGCUACACCCGGUAUUCUCAGAAAAAACUCAUAUUUUCAUUACCACCUUUAUAAAGCGCUUUUUUAUACAGUGCGUUUCAUAAUAGCAUGUACAAGGGGCCGGGUAAUUUGUAAAUAUAUUCGGCUAUUUGAUAUGUUUUGCUAAGAACUCACAAAUUUCUCAAAAUUCACCUUUUUGCAAAUGCGGACAUUCCAAAGUAAUUAUUCUAAUUAAGGCGGUUUUACUAGGCGCAACCUAUAUAAGGUUUAAAUAAUUUUGUACAUAAGAAAUUGAGAAUGAUUGAAGUAGAUUUCACGUCAGCCACUAAGCGCCAUCAAAAGCAAAAAAAAACUGUGGAACAAAUUUCGAAUUAAAACUGAUGAGUUUUUCGGGCUUUUAAGCCGUUGUGGAAAAUAACUUGUUCCUGACGUUUCGGAAGCACGGGUGGCCUGCAUCUUCUGAGAUGCAUUGCCCAACCACUCUAAAAGCCCGAAACUGUUUUGAUAAAUUUCUAUGUUUUGGUUCAAACACCCGUACAAAAAGACUGCGAUUUUCUAAACAACAAAUUAUUUCCAAUAAGCGGUUUGUUAAUUUGUGUAUAAAUGUAAAAGCAUUUUAAUAUAUAAGAUAUUCAAACAUG